AUCGAGCAACCCUUUGCUUUGCGUGCAAAAACACCACAACACAAACAUCAAAGCAGGCGUGUUGUGACGGCGACCUAAUCAAAUCGGCACUGCUCAACCAGCGCGAGCACACGCGUACCACGCGAGGAUACUGUUGCACGCGGCUCACUAAACGGCCCUCGCGCUCCCGCUAAAUGGAUGUGCAUAAAGCUGUGUUCUCCCCCCCCCCCUCUCCCACUUGGUGGUAGUGACCAUUGUUCCCCUUUGCUCCCUCAUUCCCCAAUCCAAUCGAGAAGAUAAAGGUCAGCCGCGCUAAAGCAGUGCGCCUGUCGCGGAUGUUUUGUGAUCGCGUCCCACACAAGCGCAAACAGCGGCGCAACAUCUACACAAAAGCAGCAGUUCUCUCCCUUUGGUGAUUGCGUUUGGUUUAGCGCACGGGGGUUGCCCUUGCUCCCACUCUCACCCCCAUUCCCUCUGGUUUUUUGCCCUUUUAUCUGCCAGCUAUUCAUAUCCAAACGACCACUUUUGUGUGCUGACAUCCGAAUUCUAGCCUGCCCGUAAAUCAAUUACCGCGCCAGCUCGAUGUGGGAGCUCCAAGCGACAAGUGUCAUCUAAUUGCUGCACUGCCUACAGCCGUCUGCCAUCUCUUAAGGACCUGAUUCUGUGACUGCAAUCUUCAUCUGGUGUUACCGGGUGGAGAGCGUGGUUUCUAGCUCUUUGCGCCGGAUCUCGCCAUUCCGCAUGUGUGACACACAAUUCAUGCCGAGAUAUGCGCUCUCCCACAGAGCGUCCGUGCGGCACUUUUAUCAACUCAUAACGGGCCCGGACCACAAAGCACACACACACACACACACACACACACACACACACACACGCACACACAAAACAGAACGGCCGUGGCGUGAAUUGUGUGUUAUGUGAUUUUAAUGCUCUGCACUCCGUGCACGCCGGGGCGGGAAAGGGCAUAAAACCAUCCUCCGGACCGGAGCCGAAGCUCAGUUGGUGCCGAGUGUCCGGCCGGAGUGUUGUCGUGUCGUUCUCCUGCAAGCCCUGUUGUGCCCAGACCUGUGGUUGUUUUGUGUGUGAGUGUGUGUGUGUGAUAACUCUAUUAAUAGGUCCUCCAGUUGUGUUGAUAAGGACAGAGUUGCGUGCUGCCACACAAGAAAGAAGGGCAACCGUCCCAAGUUGCAAGUUGCUGACGGUCGUUAGAUAAAAAUGGCCCAAACAGUGGGAAAGUACAUGUGCGUGGCAUUGUUUGUGCUGGUGACGGUUGCAUUGGGUCAGGUGGUGGCCCAAAGUGAAGGAGCCGCUGUGUGGGCCCCAACCUGGGCGGAUACUCUGAAGAAGGACCUGCUGAAGGGUUACGAUCCUUCGAUUCGCCCUUCGCAGCACUACAAUGUGACGACGGUCGAGACUGGCAUCACCAUUACGCACGUGGAGAUAAACGAAAUCAAAUCGACCCUUUCGGUGUACGGAUGGAUGAAGUUUAAAUGGUACGACGCCCGGCUUGCCUGGGAACCGCAGCUAAACGGUAACGUAACGCAACUAUUCCUCAACCAAUCCGCCAUCUGGCAACCGACGCUCGACGAAAAGGGUCCGCUCGUGAAGGUUACCAGCAAUGGUUUGCUGGAGUACACGAAUGCGUUACAGCAGCAGUCCAAGUGUACGAUCCAGUGGCAACGGUGGCCCUUCGACACGCAGCAAUGCCGGAUGCUGUUUUCCCCGUGGGCCGAGGUGGACGGAAUGGAAAUUCACGUGAAAAUGUUAAAGUACGAGAUAGCCCAGGGAACCAUGUGGACCGUGAUGAACAUGACGCUGGAAACGCACACAGCCAUCGAUGUGCACGAAACGCCGGUACACCGUGGUACCCAUCUCGUGGUGGAGCUGAAGCGCAACAGUGGCAUCUACAGGAGCACCAUUACAGCACCGGCCUGCGUUCUGAUUCUGAUGAAUCUGCUCAGCUUCUGGCUGCCACCGAACUGUGGCGAAAAGCUCAUCCUCAACGCAAUCAAUGUGCUGAUCACGUGCAUGUUUCUGAUCCACUUUAACGAGUACCUUUCGUACUACACCACCAGCACGCCGACCGUUGUAUUAUUUUUCGGCCAAAGUUUGUACCUAUCCGGGUUUUGUCUGCUGAUGACCGUCGUGCUCGAGUGCGUGGUGAAAUCAAACUCGAAAAAGCCGUUACAUCCCGCCCUGAAGAAGUUGAUCACAUUCGAACUGAUCGCUAUGAUCAUUUCGACAAAUAAAACCGAUGAGAAAUGUCUCGGAGAUGAAAUGUGUGAAACGCUGCAGGAUGAACAGGAAGUGGAAGAAGCACUGUCUUCCACCCGGCAAAGACCGACCGCUACACCGGAACAAGACUGGCUGCUGUUCGUCACACUGUUGGAGCGAAUCGUGUUCGCCCUAUACGUUAUCAUACUGUCCCUAAUGCUAGCUUUAUACUUUUAAUAAUGCACUGCGCACAGUGCUUCACUUACGCUGAAUAAAACGUACUUACGAGCAAACAA